AUGGGUUGUCAUGUAACUAAAAAUGUUAUUUCUGAUAAAAAAUUCAGGGAAUAAGCAAUUACGGAUGAAAUGUUACAAGGUAUUAUAUCAUAAAUUGUGAGUAUAGAGUGUAAGGUUGAUGAAGAUGUGAAAUCGAGAAUAAGCGUUUACAAUCAAGCACUUGAGAAAAUGCAAAAGAUUCCAAAACUUAGAAAUACAAGUAUUUUAAGAUUUAUAGUAGUAUUCAAUCCAAUAGUUUAAAGAAGAAAAAUGCAAAAAUUUGAAGAAGACUGAUUUACUAUAUCUAUAUAUAAAAUAUAUAAUUAAAUAUAUAAAUAUGCAAGAAUUAAAAUUGAUUGGAAAGGAAUGUCCAAUUACCAGAGGAGGAUGCAACUUUUUAUAAUAUGAUAAAGGAAAGUACAUUGUGAUAGGAGGAGUAAAUCGAUCUGAAAACGGAUUGUAAGAAUUAAAUGAUUUUUGGACAUUACAUUUACCUCUUAAAGAUGGCAAUCUGGCAGGAAUUUGGAAAGAAAUGACUCUAGAAAAUUAAUAGCUCUAUACACCACGUUCAAGUUAAGGAGCAUGUAUAAGUGAUGAUAAGAUGGUUUAUAUAUUUGGAGGUUAAAAAUUCUUGGAAUCUUAAUCCACAGACGAAUUUUAUAGGAUAGAUACAGCUUAGAAAGUGUUAACCAUAAUAAAAUCAAAGAAUAAACCAAGAGCUAGAAAUUCUCAUACUUUAACUUAUUAUUAGGAAAAAUUAUUUUUAUUUGGAGGUGCUAAUGAUAAUGGACCAUUAAAUGACUUGCACAUCUAUGAUAUUAGUAUAAAAUGAACUUCUAUAUAUAGAAAGUGAAGUAUGGUAACAGAUUAAGGAUGUUUCAGAAUUAAUAAUGGCAAGAGAGAUGCAUACUGCUCACAUUUUGUAGAUGAAUUUAAAGCCAUUGAAAAAGAGUGAAUGUAAUAAGGCAUAAAAAUUGGUUGGAAUAUUUAAUGAAUUUUAAGGAGAAUCUAAGGAGUAAAUUGAAUAAAUAGCAAUUAAAGAGUAAAUUAUUGAAUAAAAUAAUAAUGAAUAAUAAUAAUAAUAGAUAGAUGAAUAAUAAUAAUAAUAAUAAUAAUAAUAAUAAUAAUAAUAAUAAUAAUAAUAAUAAUAAUAAUAAUAAUAAUAAUAAUAAUAAUAAUAAUAAGAAAAUAAUCAACAAGAUUAUCUUAUUAUUUUAGGUGGAAGAAAUAAAAAUGAUCUUUUACAAGAUAUUCAAGUAAUUAAUUUAUCCACUUUUGAAGUGGAAUAGAUUGAAAAUCUUCCAACUCCAUUAUGUGCUCAUACUUCUGUUAAAGUCAAAUAAGAUAUAUGGAUUUUUGGAGGUUGUGAUGGUGCUUCAUUAAAUUCAAAUAUCUAUUAGUUAUAAGAUUAAUCAAUAAAGAAAGUAGGUACAAUAUAGACAGCCAUAAUGGCUAGUAGUGCAUUGUAUUCAGAAGAAUUAAAUAAGAUUAUUAUAUUUGGAGGAUGCACUUUAGAUAGAGAUUUAAAUUAAACAUUUGUUGUACAAAUUUGAGUUUAAUAUAAUAUUUAUAUAUAUAUAUAAAUAAAUGUAGAAGACUCCAAAGCCUGAAUUCCUUUAGAUUCCAUCUUAAACUAAAAGUGUUAAUAAGAUAAACAUGAUCGAAGUGAAAAAUGAAGGAAUGAUUGUAUCAAGAUUUAUAUCCUAAGCAUGAUGUUUGUUAUGAUUUUUUUGGAACUAAGAUUGCAUUAGGAUCAUCAGAUGGACAUAUAGAAAUAUAAGAAAUUAAUGUUAAUUCAUUUAAAUCAGAAUAAUAGAAAGACAUAUUAUCAUAUAAAAUUAGUGAUUUGUAAUUUAUUCAUAAUUGAGAUAGUUAACAUAAAGGACCAGUUUGGUAAUUGAGUUGGUCUAAUCCUAAAUAUGGAAAUAUUUUAGCAUCUUGCUCUUUCGAUAAAACUAUUUGUCUCUUUAAAGAAUAGAAAUUAGGCAAAUAUUCUUUAUUGCUUCAAUUAUCAGAACAUUAGGAAUCAGUUCAAUCAAUUUAAUGGUCUUAUAGAAAAUUAAUAUUGGCAGCUGGAGUAGCAGAUGGGAGUGUACAUAUAUAUUACAGAAAGAAAAAUGGAUAAAUCAAAAAUUAAUAAGAUUGGGAACAUAAAUCUGUACAUAUUAAUUUAAAUAUAAGGAAAGUUAACAUUAAUCUUGUGUAAAUCAAGUGAGUUGGGUAAGAGACAAAGAAUUGGAUUUUGCAACAUGUAGUACUGAUAAGACAAUAAGAAUAUGGAAAGUAACUACUCCUAUAGAUGGAGAAUAUAAAUUAACUUAGAUUAAAUAUAUCUAAUGUGAAAGUUGGGUUAGAUCUAUUGAUUGGGCAGCUGAGUAAUAUUAUUAAGAUUAAAUAUUGGCUGCAGGAUUGGAAGUAUAAAUUAAAAUUUUAUAAGUCUACUUAAGUUGAUAUUAUCUAUUUAAAAUGGGAUUAAAACAAUGAUUAAUAAGUUAACAUCAGCAAAAUAGUUUAAAUAUAAGCUAAAGGUCCUUGUUGGAAAGUAUAAUGGUCUCCAUUAGGUAAUCAAUUAGCAAUAUCUACAUUGGAUGACAAGAAUGAUCCAUUUGUUUAAGUGUAUAGAUAAACAUAAUAAGGUGAGUUUGUAGAAAUUUGA